AUGACGCCAGAGUCCCAGUCGGCUGCACUGCAAGAUCUAAUCACCCAAGCCAAUGCCAACAAGACAGCUGUACUGGCAGUCAUCGAUGCAGCAAUUGCCUCCAAGCAACAGAGUGUCAACAACACACGAACUCUCAUUAACAAUGCUGGCAAUGCUUUGGUUGUGGGUGAUCUGAGGGAAAUAAAGGGGACCUUGGAGCGUCAUGCUGCCGAGCUCAUUGAGAGGCGAGCAACAAGAACCCAGGAUUGGGACACGACGAUCAAUGCCGCAAAGGACAGACUCAAUGUUGUCACUGAUAGCCUGACCAACUUGCAGCAGCAAAAGAAGGUGGUGGAUGUCAAGGUGGAAUGUGAUAUCCGCACCCUCGACGAACUCCAUUCUGCCUUCGGCAAUGCUGAGCAGCUUUUCGAACAGGUGGUCAAAUGGAAUCAGCAAGAAAAGCUGACAAUUGCCAAACUGGAGGUAGAAAUUGCCCAGAAGUUUUGGAAGCAGAUGGUCAGAUUGAAUCCACAAGAUGAAGAAAAGCUGGCAAUAGCCGCACAGGAGGCAUCUGAUGCCCUGGGACGGUUGGUGGAAGUGCACGAAGACGGCAAGAGAAUGAAGGCAUUUUAGACAUGUUUUGAUCCCGAUUUCACUGGUAUCACUGGUAUCGUAUGAAGAAGCAGACCAGUGGACGACAAUGUCACUUGGGCCGACGACAUGCGAGCUCGACAACAACCAGGGGAACAGGCCCCAUUUCUGUGUUACGAAUCAAGAUCGACGAGAUAGCUACAGUCUGAGGAUGGGCUACCCGCACAUGUACACUACUAUUGAUUCAGGUCAAGCUCGGUCCAAGAAAUAGUGUUGGACCUAAUGAGAAGACCGCGUAGUGUAACCUCAUAGCCUAUACUCUUGUCACCAUAAAAUGUCUAGCUCCACAUCCACCUCUGUUCGGCAUUUCGCCGAAAAGUCAA